AUGUCCGCGCCGACGGCCUCCUCCGGGCCCUUUCGUAUUGUCGACCAUGUCGUGCCCUGCCAGCAUAUCCGGGAAUAUCCCGCGGCCACAGCCAACGAACAGGAAGACGAGCUGCAGAUGGCCGUGAAACAGUAUAUCCCUCUGGACAAUCAGAAUCCUCAGCCGGGAGACGUGACGAUUCUAGCGGCGCAUGCAAACGGUUUCCCCAAGGAACUCUACGAACCGCUAUGGGAGGAAAUCCACGCUCGCUCGAAGGCAAACGGGUUCCGGAUCCGAAGUAUCUGGAUGGCCGAUGUGGCGCAUCAAGGACAGAGCAGUGUGAUCAAUGAGGACCUCCUAGGGAACGACCCUAGCUGGUUCGAUCAUCCCAGAGACCUGCUCCAUCUGGUCAAUGUCAAACGCAAAGAAAUGCCGCGGCCUAUCGUCGGAAUCGGCCAUAGCAUGGGCGGCGCUCAUCUCGCGCGCGUGUGCCUCAUGCACCCCCGUCUCAUUCACACCCUCGUGCUCCUCGACCCCGUCAUCCAACGACAAACGACGCAGCUCGAUCCCCUCGAAAUCGCGCACCAGAAACUCGUCAUCACCAAAACCACCCAGUUAUCCACCUACCGUCGAGACCGCUGGCCUUCUCGCAAAGCCGCCGCCGAAAGCUUCCAGCGCAACCCCUUCUACCAAGCAUGGGACCCCCGCGUCCUGGAACGCUGGAUCCAAUCCGGCCUCCGCGAGCUCCCAACAGCCAUCUACCCCGACGAAUCUACUGACGCAACCAGCGGCAACGACCGACCCGUCACGCUCACCACCCCCCUCCACCAAGAAGUCUUCACCUUCUCACGUCCCAACUACGACGGUCCUCCCGGUAAAGACGUCCCCGUGAACCGCGUCACGCAUCCGGACCUCAACCCAGACCAUUUCGGCUCGUUCCCAUUCUACCGACCGGAGCCGUCGCGCGUGUUCUCGGAGCUGCCGCACCUGCGACCCAGCGUGCUGUAUAUCUUCGGCGGGAAGUCGGAUAUGUGUUUACCGGACAUGAUGGCCGAUAAGAUGACGCAUACGGGCACGGGGCUGGGCGGCAGCGGCGGCGCGCCCGUCGGCCGUGUCCGGGACGUAUAUCUUGAGAAGUAUGGACACCUGCUGGCCCAGGAAGCGCCGAGCGAGUGUGGGGAGGCGGCGAGCCAGUGGUUGGGUAAGGAGAUGCAGCGGUGGCGGGAGGAGGAGCAGGCGUUCCGUGCGCAGUGGAGUCGGAAGUCGAAGGUUGAGAAACAGACCAUUGAUGCGCGUUGGAAAGAGCACGUGCCGGCGCCGGUGCGGCGGAAGAAGCCGGCUGGUGAGGCUUCGAAAUCGAAGUUGUAA